UUCCAUUCGUGAAAUGAAAUUUCACAUAUCGAUAUUAAUGUGUAAAGCGAAAUAUUUAAUACCGAUGCGUGAAAUGCAAUGCAAUUGUUAUGGGAUUUAUUUCACGCAUCGCUGCCAUAAGAGCGUACACACUUUUCGACAUCGGCAUUGUUAUGGCGUAGUGUGCUUUGGCUGCAAUUCUGACGUUUUGUUAUUAGACGCUAGAUUUACUACUGUCAAUCGUAAGUUCAUUAUUGUAGCUUUAAGAGACAUUUUCAGCACAUUAAUCUAUAAAAUUUAGCAGCUAUAUGAUGGAUACCGAUUUGCCAGGCACCCCGCCUAAAAUCACGGCUAUAGCCAACCAAGCGAGCACCGCCCUACUACCAGUUAAGUCUUUCACCAUAUAUGAGAACACGUACCAGAAAUUUAUGGAAUGGAGGCAUCAAAAUAACAUUCAUUCUUUCUCCGAGAAUGUUAUUUUAACUUACUUAUCUGAGUUAUCAAAAAACUUUAAAUCUUCAACACUUUGGAGUAGUUAUUCGAUGUUGAAGAGUACUCUCAGUGUCAAGCAAAACAUAAAUAUUGGUGAAUAUCCUAAAGUACGCGCCUAUUUAAAAAGAAAAAAUGAAGGAUACAGUCCAAAAAAGUCAAGAGUUUUGGAAAAAGAACAAAUUUUGAAGUUUAUAAAGGAGGCACCUGAUGAAACAUUUUUACUGGCUAAAGUCAUUUUAGUAUUUGGAUUGGCUGGUGCUCUCAGAAGAGAUGAAAUUUACAAACUAAAGACAACCGACAUCCAAGAUAUGGGAAAUAUCCUUAUAGUGCAUGUCCAUGACACCAAGAACAAGAUUUCAAGGAAAUUCACCGUAACUGAACACUUGGAAUUAUAUAAAAAAUAUGCGUCACUUCGUCCACAAAACUAUCCCGAAACCAAAGAAAAUUAA